AUGACCUCCCGCUCGCUGCCUUUGCCGAAUGUUGACGCCCUUGCCGUCCUGCCAUCAAUGGCCGAUAACAGCUUUCGCGCCGACGGGCCCUACACUGACGGCAUCUGGAAUGUUUUGUCCCCCUCCCUUCGCAGCCUCAGUCAAGCGGCCAGGACUGAGCAGGGAAUGACUCUCCUGGACGCGUACUUUGGGACAGAAGGGGCUAACGAGAUUGCGGGUUUUCUGCAUCGAGACAAAGAGACGGCAUGA